CUACAAUGCAACUGUUAGCUUUAAGUGUGGUGGCACUCUAAUAAGCAAUCGCUAUGUACUAACCGCUGCACAUUGUUUUAAAAAUGGAACAAUUCAAUCAGUUCAUUUGGGGGGAACAUAAUCUAUUAACGGAAAUAGAUUGUAAACAGAAGAGAGGAUCAUUGAUCUGCGCACCGAAAGUUCAAGUUAUUCAAAAUAAUGAGGUUUUUCAACAUGAAGAGUAUUCUGCGAGAACUAAACUCAAUGAUAUUGCCCUGGUGAAGUUAUCAACAGAUGUAUUAUUUUCAAACAGCGUCAGACCAAUUUGUUUGCCACUGAAUGAAACACUGCAACAAUUAUCGAAAACAAUCGACAAAUUCUUCGUUGCUGGUUGGGGAGAACUUGGUCGCUAUCGGGCGUCUAAUGUUCUAACAGAGACAAUUGUCUCAAAUUUAAAUAAGACACUCUGUGAUCGAUCCUACAGUGGUAUUCCAGCUCUUGGCUCAACUCAACUCUGUGCUGGUGACAUUGGAAGAGACUCUUGUAGUGGCGACUCUGGUGGUCCAUUAGCCUAUGUGACCCAUCUGUAUAAUAACUCGCAACGCUUUGUACAGUUUGGAAUUACCAGUUAUGGAUCAUCAAAUUGUGGUGAUGGCAAUCCAGGUGUCUACACAAAUGUCGGCGACUAUAUUCGCUGGAUCGCCAAGAAAAUUGCCACCAAAUAGAUUUUUAUAUUAUACAAAUUUAUGUACAACAUAUAUAUUUUUUUAAAUUGAAUCUUUAAUACUAAUAUUUCAAUGCAUUACUA